AUGAGCAGCACCACCUUCCUCAGCCUCUCCAUCGUGGGCAUCUGUGGUGUCAUUUUCAACGCAGCAGCAUGGUCUGUGAACAACUUUCUGAUGACAGGACCUAAGGCGUACCUGACGUACUCCAGCAGCGUGGCGGCGGGCGCACAGAGCGGGAUGGAGGAGUGCAAGUUCCAGUUCGGGUGGGAGCGCUGGAACUGCCCCGAGAGCGCGCUGCAGCUCUCCACGCACAACCGCCUGCGCAGCGCUACCAGGGAGACGUCCUUCGUGCACGCCAUCAGCUCCGCCGGUGUCAUGUACACCCUGACCAGGAACUGCAGCAUGGGUGACUUCGAGAGCUGCGGCUGCGACGACUCCAGGAACGGGCGCGUCGGUGGCCGCGGCUGGGUCUGGGGAGGCUGCAGCGACAACGUGGAGUUUGGAGAGAGGAUUUCCAAGCUCUUUGUGGAUGCUUUGGAAACGGGACACGACACCCGCGCCCUGAUCAACCUGCACAACAAUGAAGUUGGGAGACUUGCUGUGAAAGCUACGAUGAAGCGAGCCUGCAAGUGCCACGGGGUGUCAGGCAGCUGCAGCAUCCAGACGUGCUGGCUCCAGCUCGCUGAGUUCCGAGAGAUUGGGAACUACCUCAAGAUGAAAUACGACCAAGCCCACAAGCUGGAGAUGGACAAGAGGAGGAUGAGAGCUGGCAACAGCGCUGACAGUCGCGGGGCCACAGCAGAGACCUUCCACCAUGUCCAUGCCACGGAGCUUGUCUUCCUGGAGGACUCCCCUGACUACUGCACGAGGAACGCCAGCCUGGGCCACCACGGCACCGAGGGCCGUGAGUGCCUGCAGACCGGCAAGAACCUCUCGCAGUGGGAGAAGAGGAGCUGCCGGCGGCUCUGCACCGAGUGUGGCCUCAAAGUGGAGGAGAGGAGGACGGAGGUGGUCACCAGCUGCAACUGCAAGUUCCACUGGUGCUGCACCGUGCGCUGCGAGCAGUGCCGGCAGCUGGUGGCCAAGCACUACUGUGCCCGCCGCGACACUGCCACCACCAACCACAUCAAGCGGAGAAACAAGGGCCACAAGAGAUAGAGGAAGGCCCAAUGCCACCGUGCCCAGGCUUGCGAGGUGGACCUUUGGGUUUCUUCACCUUUUGUGGCCAUCGCCGUAGCUGAGGUUGGGAAGGAGCCUUCCCCAGGGCACAGCAGGGAUCUAAAGGGGUUUU